UUUCUUAUUUAUUUUGUGGGCACUUGCUUCAUUGUGUGUGUUUAUCUCUGUGUUGUAGUCCUCUUACUGUGUGCAGUUGGUAGUGAGCCAUGGAAAAAAGUGCAGGGAUAAUUUGGAGGUUCUUCCUUGUAAUGAAGCCUUCACUGAGUGCAGAAAUGCCCUGCAUGAGUGCCUGAGAGGAUACCCCUUUUUUCAGUAUCAGCAAAGCAUGUACUUUGAACGUUUUCUGCAGUGGAAGAUGGUAGAGAGGCAGCCUGUUACAAAGUAUUCAUUCAGACAGUACAGGCUGUUGGGGAAGGGAGGCUUCGGAGAGGUAUGGGCGUGUCAGGUGCGUGCGACUGGGAAGAUGUAUGCGUGCAAGAAGCUGGAGAAGACCCACAUGAAGAAACGCAAAGGAGAAACUCUGGCGCACAACGAGAAGCAGUUACUGGAGAUGAUUGACAGCAGAUUUGUGGUGAGUCUGGCUUAUACCUAUGAAACAAAGCACUCCCUCUGUCUGGUGCUGACCUUGAUGGAUGGAGGAGAUCUUAAGUUCCACAUCUACAACAUGGGCUCUCCAGGGCUCAGUUCAGAGAGGGUGCAGUUCUACGCAGCACAGGUCUGCUGCGGUCUGCAUCACUUGCAUCAGAACGACAUUGUCUACAGGGAUAUGAAACCAGAGAACAUUCUAUUGGAUGACAAUGGACACAUCCGUAUCUCUGAUCUGGGUCUGGCACUGAAACUGUCAGGGGGGGAACUGGCACAAGGCCGUGUAGGCACCGUGGGCUACAUGGCUCCAGAGGUGAUUGCAAACGAGCAUUAUGGGAUGAGUCCUGAUUGGUGGGGCCUGGGUUGUCUUGUGUACGAGAUGACUGCGGGGAAACCCCCUUUUCGGGAGGCGAACGAGCGUGUCAAGAGACCCGAGAUGGAGAGAAGGACACAGGAAGAAGAGGAGGACUAUGGGAAGAUGUUUAGCUGCGAGGCGUCAGACCUGUGCCGAUCGGUGAGGCUCCAGGGUUCACUCCCUUUCCACACACUAAGCAGGCCAGUUGUUCAAGUCAAGUCUUUAAGAUUGUAA